UCUAGACUCUUUUUGCUACUGCUUUGCUAUUCUCAUUUACUCUUUGUUUCUGUGCUCGAGAGGCAAAUAUUUGACUUCCUUGGUUAUCAGUGGGCACCCAUCCUGGCAAAUUUUAUACACAUUAUUAUAGUCAUACUUGGCUUAUUUGGAACCAUCCAGUAUAGACCUCGUUACAUAACAGGAUAUGCAGUCUGGCUGGUCCUUUGGGUUACAUGGAACGUGUUUGUUAUCUGCUUCUAUUUGGAGGCUGGGGACCUUUCAAAG